GGCCGAGCUUCGUGUCAAGCAAGGAAUUUGAUUAUGACUUCCAUAGCAAGAGAUACCUUGUGGACAACUGCUGUUUAGAACAUAUUCACACAAUAUGUGUGCACGGCGAUUGAUGUUACUGUCAAAGCGAGUAUAGGUUGCCAUUCAAUCUCUGUCGAAAUGAUACGGACACUAAACAGCGCGUCAUUUGCUGCCUUAUUUGCAACGGUGCCAAAGUCCGCGACAUGCAGAACAGCUAGAAUACACAGUACAUAUGAUGUGGCUGUGGUGGGUGGAGGCAUCGUGGGCCUGGCCUCAGCCAGAGAGCUCAUCCUCAGACACCCCACGCUUAGCUUCAUUCUGCUGGAGAAGGAGAAGGACCUGGCCAUCCACCAAAGCGGCCACAACAGUGGUGUGAUCCACAGUGGGAUUUACUAUACCCCCGGGUCUCUGAAGGCUCGUCUCUGUGGCAAAGGGGCCACUAUGGCCUACGAAUACCUGGACAAGAAAGGACUCCCCUAUAAGAGGUGUGGAAAGCUGAUCGUCGCUGUGGAGCGAGAGGAGAUUCCCAGGCUCAAAGCGCUGUACGAGCGAGGACAGAAGAACAACGUGCGUGACCUCACCAUGAUAGACGCCAAGGGGAUCCGAGAGAGAGAGCCCUACUGCAGGGGUCUGAUGGCCCUGGACUCUCCUUACACUGGCAUCGUGGACUGGAGGCUGGUGUCACUGGCAUAUGGCAAGGACUUCCAGGAGGCAGGAGGGACCGUGGUUACUGAAUAUGAGGCUAGUGACAUGGCCAUGGUGAAGGAAAGCCCCGCUGGUAUCACUGACGGAAUGAAAUAUCCCAUCGCUAUCAGAGAUUCAAAGGGUACGGAGGUAAGGUGUCGGUAUGUGCUGACCUGUGGUGGUCUGUACUCUGACCGCCUCGCUCAGAUCUCUGGCUGCAGUCCAGACCCUCGCAUUAUCCCCUUCAGAGGAGAUUACCUGGUCCUGAAGCCUGAGAAACACUACCUGGUCCGGGGCAACAUCUACCCCGUUCCUGACCCUAGGUUCCCCUUCCUGGGGGUCCACUUCACCCCGCGGAUGGACGGCAGUGUUUGGCUGGGUCCCAACGCCGUCCUGGCCUUUAAACGAGAGGGAUACAAGCUGUACGACUUCGAUGCCCGGGACUUUGGAGAUGCACUUUCAUUCAGAGGUCUGCAGAAACUGGUGAUGAAUAACCUAGUGUAUGGUGUUGGAGAGAUGUACAGAGGGGUGUUCAUCGGAGCUCAGGUCAAGAUCUUAAAGAAGUUUAUCCCAGAGCUCUCUCUAAGCGACGUACUCAGGGGUCCAGCAGGGGUGAGGGCCCAGGCUCUGGACCGCGAUGGGAACCUGGUAGAUGACUUUGUGUUUGACGUUGGUGUCGGGGAUGUGGGCAGCAGGGUCCUCCAUGUGCGCAACGCUCCCUCGCCCGCCGCCACCUCUUCCCUGGCCAUAGCAGAGAUGGUAGCAGACGAGGUGGAGAGACGUUUCAGCCUCUAAAAACUCUAGAGGCACUCUUCGGAUACUUACCAAAUGGCAUCCUAUUCCCUACUUUUUGAGUUCUGCGCACAACUUUUGACCAGAGCCCACAGGGAAUAGGGAGGCAUUUGGGGCGUACUUACACUUCCCCAGUGGAAGGAAGUAACAACAUUGAUCCAUCUGAUCCAGCUGCAGGUCCAUCUAGUGAUAUAGUGAAGCGGUGAUGAUGCUGAUCUCAGGUCAGUUCUGCAUUUUCCCCAAUGGUUAGUUUGGAGUGGGGGUGAGUGUAAGCUGAUCCUGGAUCUGCGCCAAGGGGAAACUUCACCAGGAUAUGAUCCAUCCAAUCUGUUAACUACUGCUCACUGGUCCAGCAUCUUUCUGCGUCAGCAGAGUGAGGUUACAAAAAAUCCGGUAACUUUCCAAAAUUCCCAGUUUUUCCAGAAAUCCAGGUUGGAGGUUUCCAGGAUUAUCUGCUUAGUUCCUCCUUAAUUGCAGGAAUAUUCCAACAGGGAUUUCUGGAAAACUCGGAAGGUUUGUAAAAGUUACUGGAAUUUGCAACCCGACAGCAGAAUGGUCAAGCCAGAAUGGAGUAGACUGAGCAGCAUGUAGCAUGUAAAGUGCAUUCGGAAAAUAUUCAGACUCCUUGAUUCCCCCCCCCCCUCCACA